GCCUCCCAUCCGAGAUCCAUCCAUCCACAACAUCCAGAGCAAAGAGCAUCCAGAUUCCAGACUCCAGAGCAACAGUUUCAGGCUGAGUUGAGUGUUUUUUAGGUUGCCAAUGGCGGACAUCGCGAUGCUGGUGGCGGAGGAGCACGAGAAGAGGAUGAAGCGAGGGGCGCCACGCGCCGUCGCCGGCGCCGACGAGGAGGCGUCCGGGGGGAGGGUGAACUUCGGGGCCGUCACCAAGGUGUGGGGCUCCUGGGCCGAGUCCGCCGCCGCCGCCGCGUCCGGGGUCAAGGUGCACGUCGCGGUGCUCGUCAGGUCCGACCUGGUGGCGGCCGAGCCCAGGAGCCCGGUCGCCCGGGCAGCCUUCGACGGCUUCUUCUCUGCUUGAUGAGUGUGAAUUAGAGUAAUUCGGAGGAGUUUACCGUGUGGAGUACCUCUCCCCCUUAAGCCAGUGUCAUGUAACUCCGAUUUGUAUGUACAUAACCGUGUGCUUUACUGGUUUGCAACAAGGAAGAAGUGUACUUUUUGUA